GUAUAUAAGUGGGGCGCGAGGGUACCGCUGCUGCAGUGCCCGAGCCCAGUGGGGAAAGGCGGUGGGCGGAUCGAUAGGCGGACGCACGCAGAGACCUUGCGACCCCCAUACCCGCGCCUGCGUCGCCGGGGCCGCCCGGAGCGACCAGUCCAGCCACCCCUCGCCCCAGUGCGCGCCGCGUCCGGCCCCAGACCGCCAGCUGCUCGGCGCCCCGGGUUCGCCAUGCGCUCCGCCGCGGUCAUGGCGCUGCUACUCUGCGCCGGGCAAGUCAUUGCCCUCCCUGUGAACAGCCCUAUGAAUAAAGGGGACACUGAGGUGAUGAAGUGCAUCGUGGAGGUCAUUUCUGACACGCUCUCCAAGCCCAGCCCCAUGCCUGUCAGCCAGGAGUGUUUCGAGACACUCCGAGGAGAUGAACGGAUCCUCUCAAUCCUGCGACAUCAGAAUUUGCUGAAAGAGCUCCAAGACCUCGCUCUCCAAGGAGCCAAGGAGAGGGCACAUCAGCAGAAGAAACACAGCAGUUAUGAGGAUGAACUCUCAGAGGUUCUUGAGAAGCAGAAUGACCAGGCCGAGCUGAAGGAGGGGACAGAAGAGGCGUCCUCCAAGGAUGCUACGGAAAAAAGAGGAGAUUCUAAAGAGGUGGAGAGGAAUGGUGAAGAUGCGGAAGGAGCCAGGCCUCAGGCCGCCCCGGAGCUUGGGCAGGGGUCCAAGGUUGAGGAGGACAACCAGGCCCCAGGGGAGGAGGAGGCCUCCUCCAAUACCCAUCCCCUAGCCAGCCUCUCCAGCCAGAAACACCCAGGCCCACAGGCCGAGGAGGACAGCGAGCGCCCCUCCCAGGGUCCAGUGGGCAGAGAGAAGGGCCUGAGUGCCGAGCAAGGGCAGCAGGCAAAGAGAGAAGAGGAGGAGGAGAAGGAGGAGGAGGAGGAGGCAGAGGCUGGAGAGAAGGCUGUCCCAGAGGAAGAAAGCCCCCCCACCGCAGCAUUUAACCCCCACCCGAGCCUCGGCUACAAGGAGAUUCAGAGGGGUGAGAGUUGGCCCGAGGCUCUGGCUGUGGAUGGAGCCGGGAAGACUGGGGCUGAGGAGGCUCAGUCCCCCAAGGGGAAGGGGGAGCGGGAGCACCCCCAGCAGGAGGAGGAGGAGGAGGAGGAGGUGGCAGGGGCCCCUCAAGGCCUCUUCCGGGGCGGGAAGAGCGGGGCGCCGGAGCAGGAGGAGGAGGAGGAGCGGCUCUCCACGGAGUGGGAGGACGCCAAGCGAUGGAGCAGGAUGGACCAGCUGGCCACGGAGCUGACAGCCGAGAAGCGGCUGGAGGGGCAGGAGGAUGAGGAAGACCCGGACCGUGCCACGAAGCUCUCCUUCCGGGCCCGGGGCUACGACUUCGGGGGUCCUGGGCUGCAGCUGCGACGAGGCUGGAGGCCAUCCUCCCGGGAGGACAGCAUCGAGGCGGGCCUGCCCCUCCAGGUGCGUGGCUACCCGGAGGAGAAGAAGGAGGAGGAGGGCAGCGCCAACCGCAGACCAGAGGACCAGGAGCUGGAGAGCCUGUCGGCCAUCGAGGCGGAGCUGGAGAAGGUGGCCCACGAGCUGCAGGAGCUGCGGCGGGGCUGAGGCGCCGGCUGGCCCCACCAGCCAGGGCCCCGAGGCACCCUGUGGUCCUGGCUCUGUUGUCCCCUUUGCAGGUCUUGGCCAGAUGGCCCGGGCACUGCUUCCGGUAGGGAGGCCGCCCCCAGCCUGCCCAAGCCCAAGCCACCCUGUUGCCCCUACGCUCCUUUCCUCCUGCUCCUGACCCCUGCCCCAGUGCGGCCCCCUGCAGGGCGGACCCCUGACUUUAAACAAUUUUCCUCUCUCUGAACACGGGCAGCUUUCUCGAAGUUUCCCUUCCACCAUUAGAGCCACUGGGCACAACUGCAAUAACUUCUGACUUUUUGGUGAAAGCUGAGAACUCCUGACUCUAACAUAUUCUGUACAAAAUUUAUCUAAGGAUAAAUAAAUCUGCUCUGGGCUCUUUCCAGUUUCUUUGAA